UUGGCGGCGGGACGAGUGCUGUGCCGUCCGGUGGCAGUUUACGUAAGUUCGACGCGGUUAGAAGAUAUUAACUCGGCGGUAUUUACUUGGGACAAGUGGGCUUUUCGGUGGCCGCUUUCGGACUUCUGAGGAGAUGUAAAUCGACGAUGUGGUAGUCAUGAAGUCAGCGUUAUUGUAUCCGUAUGACAGCUACGUCGGGAGGGGGUACUGCAGGAUAUUGAGCCCACGUCACGCCGCUGUCACGGCAGCUAUUUACACAUUAAACAUUUCCAUCCUCGUGGUUUUACUAUACAGCUGGAGGAUAAGUGUAAAUAUUAAGAAGUAUUCCAGUUUAGAAGACGUGUAUUAUGGUGUCCAGAUCGCUUACUUGGCCAUCAUCGGGACUCAGUUGUUCAUGAUUUUCCUCAGCAUAGUCCUCCUCAUCGGGAUCUACAAGGAGAACAUAUCGUUCGUGAUACCUUGGAUAAUUGGUUUUAUAACUUUCAUGGCGUUGGAGGCCGUCGCCAUGGUGUACUCCAACGUGCUGCGGGAUCACGUAAACAGACAGUUCGACGCUCUGUGUAAGGCGGAAGUGGCGUUUUUCGUUUCAAGGACACUAAUUAACGUGGCGGCGAUUGGGGGCGUCAUGCGCUUCUGCAACAUGCUUCGUGCCGGAAUCACUUGGAAAGGUCCCGAGGUGAUCGAGCUAUGAUGCAGGAAUUCCUACCCCGACGACGACGAUCCCGGCUACGGCUACGACUCCGACAGCGACUGCUCGCUCCUGGUCGGUGUGUCUUCGUCGUCGUCCAGAGGUUCCAGUGACGGCUCCGAAUUCGUCUGACAUAUCCGGUGCGCCAGAGGCUGAAAACCGACGCUUCCGCGACUUGAAUUUACAUACCAAGGGACUUUCAUCUAAUCGUAAGGGUUUCAUGUGCCAAGAAGGGUAAUCAAAAGGGCUGCGCUAACGUUCACAUUUUCUUGGGAGUCUUCGUGCCGAAGGCGCGCGUGUGGUCGAAAAGGGUUUUGGAACACACGGCGCGACUUCGGGUUCAUCCUGUAUAUAACUUUCGCCAGCACGGCAUCCCCCGCUGGUUAUUUUCCUGUAAAAUUUCGCUGACAAUAACACUAAGUGUUUAUGGUGAUUAUUUCGUUUCAUUGUUAAAUAAACACCAAUUGUUUUGUGGCGCGUUUCGUUUGUUUUGGGGUAUGGAAACAUGAGAUGUUAUAUUUUUAUGUGGAGAUGCUCUGGAUUGAUUAUAUGAAUCUUAUAUUCCUAAAGUUUAUAAAAGUUUUGUGUAAAUAUUAAUAAAUAUCUACAAGA